CCUAGGCAGGGCACGUGCGGGAGGAAGUAGCUCUGCUGUUCUGGCUGCCUUGAGUUUCUCAACGUGGAGCUAUGGGAGGUCUGGAAAAGAAGAAGUAUGAACGAGGCUCUGCCACCAAUUAUAUUACCCGAAACAAGGCCAGGAAGAAGCUGCAGCUGAGCCUGCCUGACUUCAGGCGGCUCUGCAUCCUGAAAGGUAUUUAUCCUCACGAACCCAAGCAUAAGAAGAAAGUUAACAAGGGUUCCACAGCAGCCCGGACAUUUUACCUUAUCAAAGACAUUAAAUUCCUCCUCCAUGAGCCCAUCGUCAACAAGUUCCGAGAGUACAAGCUCUUUGUCAGAUUGCUUCCAAGGCCUCUGGCUAGAGGGCCUUGGAACCCAAUGGAGUGGGCAUGAGUGCUGCCCUCACCACCCCGCAGGUACCCCACAUUUAUCGAUGCUCUGCGGGACCUCGAUGAUGCCCUGUCAAUGUGCUUCCUCUUCUCCACCUUCCCUCGGACUGGCAAGUGUCACGUGCAGACCAUUCAGUUGUGCCGCCGGCUCACUGUGGAGUUCCUGCACUACGUCAUCACUGCCCGAGCCCUGCGCAAGGUCUUCCUGUCCAUUAAAGGCAUUUAUUAUCAGGCUGAGGUGCUGGGUCAGCCCAUCGUAUGGAUUGCACCCUAUGCUUUCUCCCAUGAUCAUCCAACAGAUGUGGACUACAGGGUCAUGGCCACCUUCACUGAGUUCUAUACCACGCUCCUGGGCUUUGUCAACUUCCGUCUCUACCAGUCACUCAACCUUCACUACCCACCGAAGCUUGAAGGUCAAGCCCAAGCAGAGACAAAGAUCAGCGAGGACACAUAUGCACUGGACUCUGAGAGCUCUAUGGAGAAACUGGCUGCCCUCAGUGCCAGCCUGGCCCGAGUGGUGGUGCCUGCUAUAGAGGAGGCUGAGGCUGAUGAAUUCCCUGCUGAUGGGGAGGUGACAGCACAGGAGGAAGAUCGGAGGAAAGAUCUGGAGGCACAGGAAAAGCACAAGAAACUCUUUGAAGGCCUGAAGUUCUUCCUGAACCGAGAGGUGCCCCGUGAAGCAUUGGCCUUCAUCAUCAGGAGUUUUGGUGGGGAUGUAUCCUGGGACAAGUCUCUGUGUAUCGGAGCCACAUAUGACGUCACAGACUCAUGCAUCACCCACCAGAUUGUUGACCGGCCGGGGCAGCAAACCCCCAUCAUUGGCAGGUACUAUGUACAGCCCCAGUGGGUCUUCGACUGUGUGAACACCCGGCUCCUCCUGCCUGUGGCAGAGUACUUCCCCGGGAUGCAGCUGCCCCCGCAUCUCUCACCCUUCGUAUCUGAGAAGGAAGGAGACUACAUCCCCCCUGAGAAGCUGAAGCUCCUGGCUCUGCAGCGGGGAGAAGACCCAGGAAACUUGGAAGAGGAGGAGGAGGAGGAUGAAGAUGAUGACAACGAAGGUGAUGUUGCAGCGGAAAAUGAGGAGGAAGAUGUGGAAGCUGAAUCAGAGGAAGAGGAGGACAAGGAGGAGGAGGUGCGCCUGUCGGCCUUGGAGCAGCACAGGCUGGAAGAGAAGAAACCCCAGGUUAUGGCCGGCACUGUGAAGCUGGAAGACAAGCAGCGGCUGGCCCAGGAGGAAGAGAGUGAGGCUAAGCGCUUGGCCAUCAUGAUGAUGAAAAAGCGAGAGAAGUACCUUUACCAAAAGAUCAUGUUUGGCAAGCGGCGCAAAAUCCGAGAGGCCAACAAGCUGGCAGAGAAGAGGAAAGCCCAUGAUGAUGCUGUGAGGUCUGAGAAAAAGGCCAAGAGGACAAGGCCCGUGUGAGCUCCAGUCGUCCCUCACUGAGAUUUGGACUUGGCAGAAGCAAGCUAGUGAAACACACAUACACACCAGCCAGCACUCUCAUACUUUGGUGGUGUGUGGCUAGCCCCAGCCGCCUUUGUGGUUCAUGCCAGUGCCUGGGCAAAGAGGCCUCAACCCAACGCAGUUCUUAAUCCAGGAGUCCGUCUGACAUCCUCAUUUUCCUUGGCUUUCCACAGCCUCCUACAUAGCUGUGCCCAUCCUGUGCUCAGGAUGCUGUUGUGGAGUGAGGGUGGAGAGCUUUUAUUAUUAAAUGGUUGGAUCUUUACAGCCAAUUGGA